GCGUGAGCGGACGUUCGUUCAGUUUUUCGCCAACCUUUUUCGAACGUGGAUUUGUGACUGUGUUUGUUCAGUGGCUUGUGGGGACUUUGUUAUUUUCAUUGGAUUUGGAAUCAAAAUUGGCAUCGAAGACAAAGCCUAAUCGUCAUCGCGGCAUCCUCCAAGAAUUUGUUCUCUACCGGUGAUACACUUGGCUGAUUUAGGCGAUAUCUUCGAUGAGCAAUGUGACAGGUUCACGAGCAGCAGCUAACAGUCCUGGCUAAGAGCUGAGCGCGGGAGCAUGGAUGGGCCAUAGGAUGCGCGUCGUCUGGGCGCUCAUAUACUUCAUGGUCUCCGUAACCCCCACACACACCUUCAUCCCCGGAGCUGAUGGUCCGGUGAUAGCCCAGGAAGCGCUGGAGGGCGGUUCCACCUCUCUGUUCUGCGACGCCUCCGCCGACCCCAACGACGAGCUCAUGCUGCUCGUCUGGUACAAGAACAACGCACCCAUCUACAGUUUCGACGCCCGCGUCAGAACCGAAUGGUCCAACCCAUCCUACAACACCACCAGCCGUCUGACCGCCGACGUCAACCAGCAGCCCACCGCCCUGACCGUUAACAACCUGCGGGGCGACGACCAGGCCCUCUACCACUGCAGGGUGGACUUCCUCCUCGCACCCACCAGAAAUAUUGGAGUCAACCUUACUGUUAUCGUACCGCCGAGUCGGCCGUUUUUCCUGGACGAGUUGGGGAACAAAGUGGGCAGCAAAAUCGGGCCGUACCAUGAAGGUGACACGCUCGUCCUCAGCUGCCUAGUAAUUGGAGGUAGACCACCACCGAAAAUUAGCUGGUAUUCCGGAGACGACUUGGUGGAUGCUUCAGACGGAGAGAGCGACAUUCCGGGUGUGAAAGAGAACGAGCUAUAUCUUCCUCUCACUCGGAACAACGCUCAAGCCCUCUCGUGCAGGGCGACUAACACGGAUUUGACUGAACCUGUGAUAUCUACUCUUCAGAUUGACUUGUAUUUGGCAGCGUACAACGUUUCCAUAAGCUGGGUGCGGGGAACGGUUGAGGGUACUCUCCAGGCCGGCAAGCAGGUGGUAGUCAAGUGUGUGGCGCACGGUUCUCGACCGCCCCCGGAGCUGAGCUGGUGGCUGGACCACAGGCACCUGACGCAGCAUAGCAACCAGAGUUGGGACAACGCGACCGGUAUAGCGUCGUCGCACCUGCAGCUGACGCCGGCGGUGGGCGACCACGGCGCGACGCUCGCCUGCGUCGCCACCAACACUGCCAUGCCGCCGGGGCGGGACUCCAAGGCUGACCUCACCAUACUCAAUGUUACCUAUAGUCCAGUAGUAGAAAUUUCAAUGAAAGGAGAUGGAAGACUCAAUCAAGUGUCCGAACUGGACACUCUUCACCUAGAGUGUGAAGUAAAAGCCAACCCACCUGUAGUUAAAUAUAAAUGGUUUUAUAAUGACAUAGAGAUAGGCGAGAACAGUUUGUGGGGCAGCAGCACGUCGUCUGCGACGCUGGUGGUGGAGGAGACGACGCGGGAGCUGGCCGGCCGCUACUGCUGCUCCGCGCUCAACGGCGUGGGCGAGACCAGGAGCGACACCCUCAAUAUCACCGUACUAUACCCACCUGAAUGCUCAGAGCAGGGAAUAAAGUUGGUUGGGGAGACUCUACAAUGUAUCGUGAGGAGUCUUCCGCCUCCCGAUACCUUCUUCUGGCACGUUCAGCCCUCUGACGAGGAGGUGCAACAUUUAACUUCGGGAUCUGCCUAUUUGCCACUCUCCCAAAUAACCGGUUCACUGGCCACCACGCUAUCGGCGAGCUGUGAAGCCAGCAACGGGAUAGCUUCUCAAGAUAAAGCGUGCCAGAAGAUUUUCCACUUCGAAAGCCUGAGACCACCCCAACCUCAGCAAUGUGAUUUGGCGUACGAGUUUGAGGAAUUCCAAAUGAGAUGUGUACCAGUUGAGAACGCAACGUACUACGAAGUAUCGGUUUGGAGACUAUCGACGUCAAACUCGUCUUUGAUGUUGGAGCGACGCGGUUCCAUGGGGUACGGGACAGGUAGAGCGCUGGCUCGUGGAGGCACUCCCUGGCUGGUUCGGGGGGCGCUGGGAUCCUUGGGGCCGGGAGACGAGGCUGGUGCCGCCGCCUGCAACAGAUACGGCUGUUCUCCUGCACUGCUAUUGCGACCGACGGAGAAUUUGUUAGAUGCUGCAUCUGUGCCGUGGUGGAAAUUCCUAACCGAAAAAGACUUCGGCAUAUCAAUAGGCGCAGUGAUACUAGUCGCAGUCUUUAUUCUCUCAACCUGGCUGGCUGUGCGACUGGCGAGGCGGACACGUGCGAAGCCCCCGGCUCCCGUCAUACAGCUGGUGCAUCUAGACGACGCUUCCAGAGAAUACCUCGACACAUUAGGAGAACAAAAGGUACGAGCAUCGAAUAGUCUCCGGUCGUGCAGUAGCGGCUACUCAGAUGGGUCCAUGGAGUCCGUCCCCACCAUAGACAGAAGAAGGAAGUCCCGUAACAACCUGUGGACUUUCGAACCUCCUCCGCCAGACGUCACCUUGACUCUAUCCAGGGAAAGUGCUGUGUAAAGUGUAUUUAUUUAGGAAAGGACCUAUUUAUUUAUGAGACUGUACAUAAUGUUUGGAAGUGAUUAAAAUCUCUAACAAGUGUCAAAUUAUUUGAAUAUGUAUCUAAUUACUACAUAGGAAAACA